CGGAGGCUGCAGUCGUGUGCUGUCGCGAGCAGACGUGCCAAGAUGACCUCCAUGACUCCCAAGCUCUACACACUGCCACGCAGCUUCUAUGACACCCUUUGCGCCGACUGUGACACCGUGCUGGGCUUCGUCAUGAAGAAGACUGUGCUGAAACUGGAUCCUGGGUUAAAGCAACCGAAAAUCAUGGACAAUGGCAUCGCCCUCCCGAGACAGCCUCUUCUAGAAGACUUCAGCGUGAUGUUCCAGAACCAGCCGUCAGCUGUAGCCACACCGGCCAACAAGCCUGCCACCUUCGCAGAGGCUAUCACCAAGGGCAUCGGAACUACUAUCACCUCCCAAUCGCCGUAAAUGGAACCACAACGUCCGAACAUCGAAAUGGCUACCGAAUAAUUCACUUCUGAUCUGCUACUCUUCAAGUUUAAGCGAAUUUAUAUCCUAAUGCAACACGUUAAUGUUGUUUUUAGCAGCUACCUGUUACAGAAUGGGAUUCUAUAAAGGCUGAAUUUGAUGCUCGUACCCGAACAAAUGUUUGCUUACUCCUCAAAUAUCUGUUUUGGUCGAGUAUUGUUAAAUAGUAAGUGCCUAUUUUAUCCUAAUGCAAACUAAAUACUCAUUACAUUGGUAUGGCAUUGGACUGUAGGAUAAAGGUAUUUUUAUUUGCAUUUAUCUUUCAAAUCGCGUAUUUUGUAAACGCGUAUUUAUUUAUAAAAUCUAUGUAAAUCCUUCUAUAAUAUUUUCAAAUUCUAAUCUUUUGUCCUCAAAGUCGGUGCAAUAAUUUUGUCAUCUAUUGCUUUUCAUAUUCCUAAUGAACCCUUUACAACAUGUAACAAAGCGUCUCGUCUGUUUUCUGCUACGCUAACAUCAACAUUUGUAUUUCGUUUUAUUUUAUUUUUAUAAACGAAACUAUUUAAUACAUUAUCUCUUGAGACUAAUUUAGUAUCUUCACAAUUUAAAUAUAUUUUCAAGGAAUAACGAAACAAUUUAAUAAUGUGUGCUAAUUAGCCUCUCAGACCAAAAUCGCAGAUUUCCAUUUCAUCAAGGUUAUCUCUGUGGACUAUUUGAUAAAUUCCUGAAUUUUAGUAUAUUUUAUAUUUAUUCGUGUUUUCUUGUUGUAUUUAUUCUAUCUUCACUUAUUGUAAACGUGUUUUGGGUACUAAAAGUAACAUUUGUGUUAUGUGUAUAACUCUUUCCCCCCGGACAGCAGGGUAUAUUGCGCGGGUAACACAAGUCCUGGGGGCCGGCGUUCAGGAAUGAUCAACCUAAGGGAUUUCUUACUUUGCCUGGUCAUAACGACCGGUUUUUUAUUCAUAGUGACAUAUAUGGAAUUCUCAGUGUUCAUUUUAGGUUGUUUAUUCUUACACUAGCCGUUUAAGCAUAAUAUAUUUCUCCGAUUUCAACAGUGUGUCAUUCUAUCACUAACCUAGUAUAAUGUGUGAAUGAGAUUUUAAAAUAAAUAGAAUUAAACAUAAGGUUUUCUGCUUAAUAUCAAUAAUUAGAUUUUUGUCUUGAUGUUAGUUGUUCAUGUAUAGCCAAUAUUUAAUCAAGUUAGUUAGGUUCCCCCGGACAGCAGGGAGUAUUGCGCGGGUACCACCGGUCCUGGGGGCGGCUUGAGGGAAUGGGCAGCUCGAUGGACGGAAGGCUACAAUGAGCCAUUGUUUGUUUGGUGUCUGUUAUCGAUGUACCGUAGGAACAGUAGUCGUGUUUCAGUGUAUAUUACAACAUAUACAUUUCUUUACAUUAAUUAUAAUUAAUUGUUAAGUUAUCUAAAGUAACUGUCUGUAAUUAUUACUCACGGAAUAAAUGUGGAGGGAUCGCGUGCUGA